UUGGCUGGCUACAGUUUUUGCAGUCCAGGUCCAAAUCAGCACUUUCUACUCUUGCUGUAAACUGGCAAUCACUUCUCCUGUUGGUUUGUUUAUUUUUCUCCACCUUUCGCUUUUUUUUUUUUUUUUUUUUUUUUAAUCACAAUGGCGUCGGAGCAUGACCGAGCAGUUCUGCAGGCCAUCUUCAGCCCCAACACCCCCUUUGGGGAUGUGCCCGGCCUGGACCAAGAGCAAGAAUUAAAGGACGAUGACAGCCUCUUUGACGCGGACUCACUGAGGCAAGUGAAGGACUUGGAAACUCGCGGGGUCUCUGCGGCCGAGACGGGGGAUUUGCAGCAGGCUCUUGUGCUGUUUGGCCGGGCUAUAAGCAUUUUGCCCCAGCGUGCGUCGGCCUACAACAACCGGGCGCAGACCUUGCGACUGCAGGGCAACAGGGAAGGCGCUCUAGAAGACCUAGACCGAGCCAUUUCACUUAGUGGGGGCCAGGGGAGGACGGCCUGCCAGGCGCUGGUCCAGCGAGGCCUCCUGCACAGGCUGGCAGGCCAGGACGACGAGGCGCACCAGGACUUCCGGAAGGCGGCAGCGCUCGGCAGCGAGUUCGCCCGCCAGCAGGCGGUACUGCUGAACCCGUACGCGGCGCUUUGCAACAAGAUGCUGCGUCAAGUCAUCGGCAAACUGCGCAACCCAGAUGUGUGCGAGCCGCCACUGUAGUCAAAACUCGAACCUUUUUGCCUCCUAAGAGACAUAUUAUUGAAAAUCGCCUUUUUGAUUGUUUGUAUUCCAAUAUUUUGGUCUCAAGUGGGAAAUUAAACAACCAAGUAAACCUUU